AUGGCUCAAGACGCAAUCGAUAAAGAUCAACUCGUGUUCGGCUAUUGGAAUAUUCGUGGUCUGGCUGAACCAUCACGAUUGACUCUUCACUAUACUAAAACACCUUAUACCGACAAAAUGUAUCAGAUGGGUGAUGCUCCUGAAUAUAGUCGCGAUGAAUGGCUUAGUGAAAAGUUUAAACUCGACUUGGAUUUUCCCAAUUUACCCUAUCUGAUCGAUGGUGACUUCAAACUCACACAGUCGAAGGCUAUUUUGUACUAUCUCGGUCGCCAAAAUAAUCUUAUGGGCAAGAAUCCAAAAGAGGAAGCCCUAAUUAUGAUGCUCUGCGAACAAGCUCAUGAUCUACGUAUGAAAUUUGGUAUGGUCUGCGUUGGUCCAAAUGGCGAUUCGGAAAAUGAAAGGAAAAAGUUUCUUGAAACAACAGUUACCGAAGAAAUAAAACAACUCAAUGCUUAUCUUGGCAAGCACAAGAGCAAGUUUGCUGUAGGUGAUACACCCACUGUGGCUGAUUUUCAGUUAUUUGACUAUAUCGAUUGUUGUUGUUCAAUCGAUGGUGGACGUACACUGCUCGACAAAUAUACGAAUGUGAAAGAGUUACUUCAACGAAUUCGUGAAUUGCCUGAAUUAAAAGAUUACAUUGUCAAGUCACACGCUCAAUUACCGAUGCAUGCUAAAAUAGCCAAGUUCGGAACACAAGUAAUCGAGCAAAAGUGA